AUGUCAAGCUUUACUCAGAAGAUCGCUUCCCUCCGUCCCAAACUCCUUCCGGAAUCGUCGAGUCUUCCCGAGGGCCUGACACCCCGUUGGGGCGACACGGCCUUUGUGAAGGACUGCCUUCGAGCGCACAACUUAUAUAGGGCGAGACACGAAGCCCCGCCCCUCGUCUUGUCCAAUGAGCUGUGUCAACUGGCACAGACUUGGGCCAACCACCUCGCUCACACCGGCACGUUCCGACACCGCAGCGACCCCGACUUGGGCGAGAGUUUAUUCUGUCGGAACACCGCUCUUAUUCUCAAAGGCAGGACGUCUGUGGCACCGGAGAUGUCAGGUUCAGUCUCACGCGCGGAUUUGGAUGUUGAAGGUGACGAGGUUGCAGCCCAUUGGUAUAGCACAAUGAGGCAAUAUAAAUUCAACAAACCUGACUCUUCCCUGCAAGCAAAUCAAGGUCCUUUUACGCAAAUGAUUUGGAAGGAAACGGAGAAUUUUGGCGUCGGAAAAGCGAGAACACGCGAUGGCAAGAUCAUGGUAGUUGCCUAUUAUUCUCCUCCAGGCAACAUCCAAGGCAAGUUCAAAGAAAACGUGACGCCGCUCGACCACAACGCCAUCUAUCGCGAGAAAAUUCGUCCUUCCUCUUCCUCGGAGGUUAAUCUAUUCCGAUUAUUUAGAAAAAGGAAGAAGAAGAAGAAGAAGAAGAGAGAGGAGAAGAAGAAGAAGAGAGAGAAUGGUGAUAAAGAGGAAGAGAGAGAGGACGUGAUAAAAGUGCUCGCAAGGCAACAACCGAGACUGGCGGGAAAAAACGCGACUAGGGUCAUUGCUGCGCAUUUAUUAGGCCACAGUGCAUCUGUUGUUACAACCUCCGAAGAAAACGUGGAAGUUGUUAUAACUCUUAAUCCCAAAACGAAGAAGGAGAGAGAGAGGGAGAAGAGGAGAGACGAGAGAGAGAGGGAAAGAGAGAGAGAGAGGACAGAAAGAGAGAGGGAGAGAGAGAGAGAGAGGGAGAGGCUUGAGAGAGAGAGGGAAAUGGAGAGGGAGAGAGAGAGGGAGAGGACAGAAAGAGAGAGGGAGAAGGAAGCAGAGAGGGAGAGGGAGAGAGAGAUGGAGAGAGAGAGGGAAAUAGAGAGAGAGUUGGAAAGGCUUGAGAGAGAGAGAGAGAAGAGUGAACGGGAGAGAGAGAGGGAGAUGGAGAAGGAAAUAGAGAGAGAGAGGGAAAGAGAGAGAGAAAGAGAGAGAGAACGAGAAAGAGAAAGAGAAAGAGAGAGAGAAAUAAUAACCCCUCCCUUCCCUUCUGAAUUCGCCCCCCUUGAGAAUGAGGGAAUAGGGAGAAGAGGCGAUAACUCAACAUUCCCUUUUUGCUGUCUCUUCUGUUCCCCUUUUUGGAAGAAUGGGAAGAGAGAGGAAGACGAUAAAGGAGGAAGAGGAGCAAUGGUGACACCUCUUGAAGAGCGAAUGAUUGAAUUAGAAGGAAUGGAAGAAGGAAGGAGGAAGAGGAGGAGGAGAAGGAAGAGAAGAAGGUGGAGAUGGAAAUGGGGAAGAGAAGACGAAGAAGAAGAAGAAGAAACGGAAGGAUCGGAGGAAGAGGAAGAGGAUGAUAAAAGAGGAAGAGAAGAAGCAGAAGAAACAUUCGUGAUUGAUUUACGAAGAGGGAAGUGGGAGAAACUGGAAUCAUUAUCGAGUUUUACCAAUUCCUUUGAUUCGUUCUCCUCUUCGAAGGUGUUUCCGAUGAGGGACGAAGGAGGAAUAAGAGAAAGGGGAAGAGAAAGAGGAAGAGAGAGAGAAGGAAGAUCUUCUCCAGAUUCUGUUGAUUCUCAAUCAUAUCCUUUGGAAGGAGGAAGAGAAAGAGGAAGAGAGAGAGAAAGAGGAAGAGAGAGAAUGAAGGUACCGGCAUAUCCAAAUACUCUUGUCGAGUGGACUGCAGUUGCCUGUGAGGAGGGCUUGGAGUUCAGCUUUAUCAGGGCUUGUGACCUAGUACUAGAACGGUACAAGUUGCGAUCCCCUGACAAUCGAGCCACACGACAAGUGUCCCGCAAAAGAACAGGUUCCAUCAGGCCCUCGACAAAGUCGUUGGAAAAAAAGGCUCUUCUCGCUGCCAGCAUCAAGCUCCUGAGUGAGCCACGAGAACCGACAGACAUCUCGUAA